UUGUAAACGGGAUUACCCUAGUUUUAAACGGGAUUUUUCAAUAAUAAAUUAACAGAUAAAUAACAAAUAAACCACAGAAAUUAGGCCGCAUGAAACGAUGGCGUUUUAGUUCCUGUUCUCGUGUCUUCUCGUCGCCCUUCGGACAGAGAGCGCGGCAACGUGAUCGUGACAUCUGAAUCUGUCUCUGUCCGAUUCCGACAGAGAAAGCGACGAAUCGGGCAUGGAGGAUCCUUCAAAACCUAACCCGAGCAAUCACUACCGUCCGCAAUGCCCGGUUCCGCCGUCGGCCAACCCAGCUGCUGCUGCUCAGGCGCCGGCUCCGACGCCGUUCCGUGGUCCGUACCACCGGCGCGCGCACUCGGAAGUGCAAUUCCGGCUACCGGCGGACCUGGAUCUUUCGGAACCAUUCGGCGGAUUCGACGACCUUGGAUCCGAGGACGACCUCUUCUGCUCGUACAUGGACAUUGAGAAGCUCGGAUCCGGAUCCGCAUCCGAUUCGGCCGGACCUUCCGCUCCGAGACCCGAUAACCCGGUUCCGGCGGAAAAUGGCGGCGAGGCAAGGGAUUCGAAGCCUAAGCACAGGCACAGCCUCUCCGUCGAUGGGUCUUCGACAUCGGAAUCGAUCGAAGCCAAGAAAGCCAUGGCUCCUGACAAGCUGGCCGAGCUCUGGGUCGUCGACCCGAAAAGGGCUAAAAGAAUCAUUGCAAAUCGGCAGUCUGCUGCUCGUUCGAAGGAGAGGAAGGCUCGUUAUAUCUUGGAGCUCGAGAGAAAAGUCCAUACCCUCCAAACCGAAGCUACUACUCUUUCAGCUCAACUCUCUUUGUUCCAGAGAGACACGAAUGGUUUGUCUUCUGAGAAUACAGAGCUCAAGCUUCGGUUACAGGCAAUGGAACAGCAAGCUAAGCUGAGAGAUGCACUGAACGAGGCGUUGAAGAAGGAAGUCGACAGGCUGAAAUUUGCCACGGGAGAAAUGUCGCAUGCCGACGCGUAUAACCUCGGAAUGGCACGGAGCUGCGUGCAAUACCCUCAACCACCGCAAAACUUGCAAAUGGCUCCUCAAUUUUACGUCUUCCAGCCCAACAACACGACUUCUCCAUCUGCUCAUCAUCCGGCACUCGUUACUGCUUCAGGCCAAUCACCGCAUUCAAAUUCAUUUUCGGAUGCGAUGCAGCAAGAUCCUCUUGGCCGGUUACAGGGCCUUGACAUCAGCAGCUGCGGCAGAGGCUCGGGCUUCGGGAGAUCCGAUUCAGUCAGUGAAAGCAGCAGCACGAUAAACUGAUCAACUCGUCCUGAAAAGCCCCCCCCCCUCCCCUCCAUAUCCAUUUGUCGAUAAAUUAAUCUUUCCCCCCACUUAAAUUCUUAGCUGAAGGUAAUCUCCUGAUGAUGUCUGAUCCUUUUAUGUAAACUGUUUUUUUUUUCAACUUCUGAGUUAGAGACCACAGGUGUCCACUUAUCUGACUUCCCAAGCCCUGAUUCAUUUCGAAACACGUUCCUGUUGGGAAGCCAGCGAAGGAGGAGAAGAAGAAGAAAAUCUCUCUCUCUCUCUCUCUCUCUCUCUCUCUGUGAACAGAGAAGUCGUCGUUUGGUUUUUCCAGGGGCUAUGAUGUAGCUUUAAGCCUUUAACAGAGUCUUUGCAGGUCUCAUCAGUGUGUUUGGUUCUUUUUUUGGGAACCUUUAGGGAAUAUAUGAGCUUCAACUGUUGACUUUCUUCUCAUGUACUACUCUGCUGUACUCCUGUUUCUCUCUCUCAAGAAUCUUGUAACAACAGAAAAGCUUACUAGAGAUCCCCCAUUUGUCUGAAUCUGACAACUAUUUUUUUUGUUGUUGCUA